UGAAGACUUGUCUUUUUUUUUUAACUCUCGAUGAUUUACGGUCAACUGAGCGGUGGCAGCCGGAGGAGCAGGUGAAGAAGAGAUUCAAAAAGCGGGAUCAACAUCCACCAACUCAGCGGGGAAGUCUUCACAAAGGUGUUGGCAGGAUCGCAGAGCAACUUGUCCAAACUAAAUUCUGGUCUUUACAAGUAGCCAUGGCUGCCAACAACACCCCUCACGGCUGUGGCCCCAAUGUGGACUCCCUCUAUUACAACUUGUGUGACCUUGAUGCUGUGUGGGGCAUCGUGCUGGAGGCCUUUGCGUCGGCUGGAAUCGUCUCCUCCAUUGUGCUUUUCAUGGCGCUUCUGGCCAGCAUACCCUUUACGCAAGACAAGAACCGCAAGAGCUCGGUGGGCCUCCACGCCUGGUUCCUGUUCUUCACGAUGGGUCUCUUCUGCCUGACGUUCGCCUUCAUUGUCGGAAAGGAUUUCUCCACCUGUGCCUCCCGGAGGUUCCUAUUCGGGGUGUUGUUUAGCGGCUGCUUCGCCUGCCUCCUAAUACAGUGUGUGAGGCUGAACAUCCUCGCCAGGCGGAACAGUGGCCCCCGGGCUUGGGCCUUGGGUCUGGGGGCAGUGGCGCUGUGGCUGGUGGAGGUGGUCAUCAACACAGAGUGGCUCAUCAUCACCAUAGUGCGCCACCCACAGGGGCCACUCAACGCCACAGCUGAAACUAGCACAGCCACGGCUACUUCUUGCAACAUCGCCAACGAGGACUUCGUCAUGGCGCUGAUCUACGUGAUGACCCUGAUCCUGGCUGUGGUGGUGGCAAGCCUGGCCAUCAUGGCGGGUAAACACAAUAAGUGGAAGAAAGACGGUGCCUUUAUCCUUCUAACCAGCUUGGUCUCUGUGGGGAUUUGGGUGGCGUGGAUCGCCAUGUACGUCUACGGGAAUGAGAGGAGAGGGGGGCCCACAUGGGAUGACCCCACCUUGGCCAUCGCCUUGGUAGCCAAUGGAUGGGCGUUCCUCAUCCUCUACUCCAUUCCUGACAUGUGCAGUUUGAGCGGUGACGAUGACAGUCAGCAAAGCUUCGGGGACGAUCUGUACCCCAACAGAGGAGUCGGCUACGAGACCAUUCUGAAGGAGCAGAGCUCCCAGAACAUGUUCAUGGAAAAUAAGGCUUUCUCUAUGGAUGAGCCCAACCAAGGGUCCAAGCCUGUGUCUCCGUACAGCGGCUACACAGGGCAGGUGAGGGGUUCAGUGUACCAGCCCACUGAGCUGGCCAUUAUCAGCAAAGGAGGGGGGAUUGUAAGUACAAAAAAAUUGGUGGUUUUCUUUCAGAGAAACUAAUUUGAAUGCUGCAUUUGAGGCUGUAAAGUAGCUGGUUUACUUCCACUGUAUGUCCUGUGGUAGGCAAAUUUAAACUGAAAUGAACACCACAAGUAACACUUUCCCAAAACCCCGGAAAUGAGU